UUAAUCCAAAGGGUUAACCUUUUAUUCAUUUGGUUAUUUUGUUUUCUCUUGUGAAUUAAUUUUAACCUUUGAUUAGUUUAUUUGGAUUAUUCAUGGAAUUAAGGAGAUUUUCUGAUUUGUUUGCAAUUAAAGAUGGUGGAUGUGCAUUUUAACCCUUUGAUCUAUUUUAUUGCUUUUGUGAUUGUUACUGGCGAUAUUUAUACCUAAUUAAUAGUGACCCUGAUUGGUGAUGAGAGAGAAAGAAAAAAAUUCUAAAUUAAUUUGGUUUUCUAUUGUUGUUUUUUUUCUUGUUCUACCUGAAAUCGUCUUAUUGUUUCAUUUUUCUUUCUACUCUUUCCCCUCUCUCUCUCUCUCUCUCUCUCUCUCACUUGCUCACUUACUCAUUCUACCUCCUCCCUCUUUCUCCUUCGUUAUACGUUAUGUUUUUUGUAUCACAGGUAAGACCAAGUGUAGUUUUUUUGAGGUCGGAUUUAAAGAGUCAAUGGCCUUUUUCAUCCAUCACCUUAAAAGAAUCAAGCAAAGAAGAGGAAGAAGAUGAGAAUUGGAAAAGAACUUAGAUCAAGAACAGAAGAAAAAAGAAAAGGUCAAUGGCAGAGAUCAUUGCUCGGUAAAGAGAUGAGAAUGGAAAGAACAAGCUCAUCUAUCUUCAUCUUACAUUUUCUUUUUCAUCACUUAUCUUCUCUCUCUGGGCGGACUCUUACAUUUUUAAUGAGAGCGAACAAGUGAGUUUUCGGGAGAUAUCUCUCUCUCUCUCUCUCUCUCUCUCUCUCUCUCUCUCUCGUUCUCGCUCUCUCUUCGUUCUCUCCUGUUCUGGUUAACCAUUCCGACAACACAAUUGUUGCUCAUCCAAAAUCUCUAGAGAGACUUUUUUUUAUUGUUUUCCAAAAUCAAAGUGUAAUAAUCAACAUUGGAACCACUUUUAGAUGUUAACCAAUAAGUAAACAAAAACAUUCACCUCUGUUGAUUUUUUCUCCUUCUUCCCUUAACUUGAAUGUGCCUUCAAAAUAUUGUAUUCAUCAUCAUCAUCUUCAUUAUUACAUCUCCUUGUUUAACAUGAUGCAAUUUAUGAUAAACAUUUGGUCAAGUUAUAUUGGUGAUUAUGGUAAAAGCCUUUGGGGCCAACAACAACAUUUAAUACAUCAACAAAACCAACAACAAAAACAACAACAACGUUAAACUUUUAACAAUCAUCAUCGUCAAAAUUUGGAUCAUUUGAAAAUCUCAUCAUAUGUUUUAAACUGUUUCUGUCAUCAACAAAAAUAAUCAACAAAUUUACUUACACACAAGUAAAAACAAUAAGAGAAAACCAUAAACCACUUUUGUUACAUUUCUCUCUUAGUCUUUUAAUAUCCUCAGAGAGAAAAAGAAAAAUUCUAAGCAAAAGAUCUCAUUUUAAUUCUUCUUAUAACAACUCGAAUUAUGUUGUGUUAAUUUAAAUCAUCGAAUAGAAUUUUUUUUCUCAAUAUUCUAUUCUUUUAUUACCAGAGAAUUCUUCUUCUUUUUUUUUGGUUUAUUCUAAAUUAUCUUCGGUGUUUUAUUCUUAUAACUUUGUGAUACUAAAUUCAUAUUAUCUCUAUGGUUUCACCUUCUAUUAGAAUGUGUAUUCGUCCCAACAAUCAACAUCAGCAAACAAUCAAACGAAAACCUUUGUCGUGUUAAUUGAAUCUCAACCAAUCUUCUAAUUGUGAUCAAUAUUAUUCUUGUGUAAUAUACAAAAUUAUCUACUAAACCAACAAUCAACAGAGAACGAAAAACAAAAUAUACUUAUCGACAUUCCUACAGAUCGAUAUUUUAUAAUAAUUAUUUAUAUAUAUUAUCUAUUAUCAUCUUUAAUUAAUCAUCAUGUUGUCCAGUUCGUCUUCCAAUCAUCAUCAUGUUCACCUUCAUUCCAGCUCGAAUCAUCAUCAUCUAUUAUCUUCAUCAUCAACCUCUUCAAAUAAUACAUCAAGUUUACAUCAUCCUCAGCAAAAACCAUUGAGACUUCGUCGAGUUAAUCAUUCGGAUGAGAUUGUCUCUGGAUUUAGUAAACUUCUUAAAACGGAAUCGAUGACCGAUGUGACCUUAAUAUGUUCAGGUGGACAAACAAUACGAGCCCAUCGAGUGAUCCUGUCAACCUUUUCACCCUAUUUUAGGGCAAUCUUUGAAUCUCAACCUUUCUCCAAUAAUCCCUGCCAGUAUCCGGUGAUUGUAAUUAAAGAUUUGGCUCUAAGUGAAUUACGUACAAUCAUUGAAUUCAUUUAUAAAGGUGAAGUCUCAGUUUCUAGGGAUAAAUUACCUGCAGUACUUCAUGCAGCCAAAGAGCUUGAGGUCAAUGGCUUGGUUGACCUUAAAUUAGAUUCACCAUCUUCUGUCUCUUCAUGUUCAUCACCAUCGUCAGGCCAAUCAUUGAAUGGAGCUAAUAAUAAUAAUAAUAGCAGUAAUAAUAAUAAUAAUAAUUCUAACAAUAAUUCUCAUCAUCAUUCAUCAUCUUUAUUCAAUGGAACCGGAUCAUCUGAUUGUAUUGAUAUAGUUACCAUUGGUUCACUUCGAGGUGGUGGUAAUCAUGGAAAUGAUGGAAACAAUUCCAGUAAUUAUCUUUGGAAACGAUCCCAUGAUACUCUUGAAUCAUCAUCACCCUCACAUUCAUCAUCAUCAAUAUUUGGUUCCUCUGCUUUUGAGGCUUCACUGAAAAAAUCUCGUGUUACCCUUGAUUCACCUGACGGAAUGGGAAUCUCAAUUCUCGGUGAAUCUAAUGGAUCAAAUCAUCAUGAUUCUGUUCGUAGUUUACUUCAUCAACCCAAUAGGAUGGCCAAUGAUUAUAAAAAUUUUCGAAACAAUUUAUCCUCACAAUUUAAUCAAGCCUUCAAUAGUAAUAAUAACAGCAACAGGUCAAGACAUUUAACUGUUGAUCAACUUUUACAACAAAAGCAACAACACCUUCAACAACGUACAUUGUUACAGCAAAAGUUACGAUUACAACAACAGCAUCAAAUGAAACAGCAACUACUUCACCAACAGCAACAGCAACAACAUCAACAAUUCAUCCCAAAGUCAAUGCUUUCAUCUCGAUCAUCCCCUAGCAUUGAAUUUAAUAGAUUCCAAGAGAGGAUAAAAGCUCAGAUUUUAGAGAAACAUAAUCGCUCCUCUACUGCCCAUGGAUUAGAAUCACGGUCAUUGAUUCAGUCAUCCGCUUCACCAAGAGGAGGAGAUACUCGUAUUGGUGGUGGUGAUGAUGAUGAACCAGGAAGGACAGAGGGAGGAGGCGGACCUGGUGAUAAGUCAGAUGAUGAGGUCAAACAAGAAGAAGAAUGUGAAGUGGAAAAUUUGACCGUUGAUGUUGACAUAAGAUUAGAUGAUGAUGAUCCACCUAUUGAAAAGUUGUCUCGUAAGCAGAAAAGACAAAUUGAUGGUGACGGAGGAAAAGGUGAUGGUGGAGAUGGUGAAGAAGGAAAUGGAGAGGGUAAAAAUGAAAAAGAAAUCAAAGGAAGACGAACAGGAGGAAUAAAGAGCAAUAAUAAUGGUGACGAAGUAAAUGGCGAUGAGGAUGGAGAUGAUUGUGAAGAGGGUAAAUUGGAAAUCGGUGAGGAUUUGACUAUUCGUAAACGGAAAUCAGAUGAAUCGGGUGGAGUUGAUGAUGAUAAUGAUGAGGAUGAUGAAGAAGGAGAAGGAUCAAAACGUAAAAUUGAAGGGGAAGAUGACGAAGAUGAUGAUGAUGUAGUUCAAAUAAAAAAUCAAGGAGCUGAUUUUAACGAAGAUGAUGAUUUACCCGAGGAUGAAGAUGAAUUUGAAGUUGAUAUUGAAAAAGAUGAAACUUUCCAACGACAACAGCAAAUGAGAUUACAGCAACUUCAACGUCAGCAACAAUACCAAUUACAAUUACUUCAUGAGCAACAAGAAGCCAAAUUAAUUGAAUUACAUCAACAAUUUGCUGGUGCUUCAAGUGGUAACGGUGCGAGUGGUAAUGGUAUCAUGUCUCUGCGAAUGUCAGACCAAGGAGAUGAUACAAUGGAAACUGAUGGUAUAGACGAUGACCCCUCAUCCCCACCGGGACUGAGUCUCGAUUGGCAGGAAGGUUUUACCGAUGAUGCUUUUCCGUCAAUGAUAAAUCAUCUAUCUAACGGUGAAAAAGGUCGAUCCUUAUUAACCGGUGGCUCUGGAAUAGGUGGUGGAAGUAAUAAUAAUAAUCAUCAUUCCGAUAAUUCUAAUAGCAAUACUCAAAAUCAUGGUGGAAACAAAUCAACCCCUGACUUUUUACUCCCUCGUGGACCAGGUAGACCUCGAAAGGGAAACAAAUCAAACGAUAUCAGCCCAUGUCCCGAAUGUAAUAAGGUCUUUGUCCGGCCAGAUGUACUUAAACUCCAUUAUCGUAGUGUUCACCUUAAUGAGAGACAUCCUUGUAAUUUAUGUCCAAAAAUAUUUAAAUGGCCUGGAGAUUUAUCUAAACACAAACGAACCAAACAUCCCGAAGCAAUGGCCGCCGCGGCCGCAGCCGCUGCAGCAGCGGCAGCAGCUUCAGCUGCCGGUGUGACAACAUCUUCAUCCAAUAAUAAUAAUAGUAACAGUUCAUCAAUUGCUAGUAAAAGUUAACCACCAACAGAUGAUUAAUAUAAUUUCACGAGUAAAUAAUUAUAUAUAUAAAGAAAUAUAUAUUUACAUUAAUUAAUUACAAUUAAUUAUGCAACAAAAUCUAAGGGACCAAAGGGAUCUUAUUAUCAUCUUUUGCAACUUUUAUUAUUAUUAUUAUUAUUUUGAUUAUUAAUAUUAUCAUUAUAUUAACUUUUCUAUUAAUUUACAAAAAAAAAUCUUUAUAAUAUUUGACUGUUAACAAUGAUUAGUUAAUCAUUAAUUCCAAAUGUCAAUUUAAAAUCAAAUUAUCAAACAAAAAAUUAACUGAUAUCGACAACAAUCAAAGAAAUCACAACAAAAUGAUGAUAUUUAUAUAAAUACAACUAUAGCAAAAAGAAACACAUAAUUAAUAUAUUAUUAUUAAUAUAAUGAUGAUAAUUAUAAUUACUAUUAACUUGUUGAUUAAGAAAACUAAAUUAAUCUGUUCAAUGCAAUUUUUUUUUACAAUUAAUGAUUUAAAAUUUUUUCCAUUUACAAUUAAAGUCACAACAAAAUCUUUGUAAACAUU